AUGUUCGCCCUCCGCUCCAUCGCUGCGCCUAUGCAGCGCCAGUGCUUCCGUGCGGCUCCCCGCGCGGCCGUCUCUCUGUCCCUACAGAGCAGGUUCUACUCGUCGCAGGACUCCAUCGCAAAGUUCACCGGCCAGAAGGAUGCACAGGGCCGCUACACCGUUAGCUUGAUCGAGGGUGAUGGCAUUGGUCCCGAGAUCUCCGCCGCCGUCAAAGAUAUCUUUGCCGCCGCGAAGACUCCCAUUGUUUGGGAGCCCAUCAACGUCGACCCCGUUUUGAAGGACGGUAAGACCACUAUUCCCGAUGCUGCUAUCGAAAGCAUCAAGAAGAACAAGGUUGCCCUGAAGGGCCCCCUGGCUACCCCAAUUGGCAAGGGCCACGUUUCUCUUAACCUUACUCUUCGCCGUACCUUCAACCUCUUUGCCAACCUCCGUCCCUGCCGGUCCGUUGCCGGUUGCAAGACUCCCUACGAUAAUGUCGACACUGUUCUAAUCCGCGAGAACACCGAGGGCGAGUACUCGGGCAUUGAGCACGUUGUGGUGGAUGGUGUCGUUCAGAGCAUCAAGCUUAUCACCCGGGAAGCCAGCGAGCGCGUCCUCCGGUUCGCCUUCCAGCACGCCCGUGCCAUUGGCCGCAAGAAGGUCCGCGUCGUCCACAAGGCCACUAUCAUGAAGAUGAGUGACGGUCUUUUCCUCGAUGUCGGCCGCCGCGUCGCCCAGGAGUUCCCGGAUAUUGAGUUCGAUGCCGAGCUGCUCGACAAUACCUGCCUUAAAAUGGUCACCGACCCUGUUCCUUACAAUGACAAGGUGCUGGUCAUGCCCAACCUGUAUGGCGACAUUUUGUCCGAUAUGUGCGCCGGCUUGAUUGGUGGUCUGGGUCUGACCCCCUCGGGCAACAUCGGCGAUGAGUGCUCGAUCUUCGAAGCCGUCCAUGGUUCCGCUCCUGAUAUCGCUGGCAAGAACCUUGCCAACCCCACUGCCCUUCUCCUCAGCUCCAUGAUGAUGCUGAGGCACAUGGGCCUCAACGAGUAUGCUGAUCGCAUCGAGAAGGCGGCAUUUGAUACCCUGGCUGAGGGCAAGCACCUGACUGGUGAUCUGGGUGGCAAGGCGACCACGACGGAGUACGCUCAGGCCAUUAUCGCUAAGCUAUGA